AUGAAACCUGAGACUCCCAACCAUCCUCACCCCAGUGGCUUUUCUGAUCCUCCAGAUGUGCUUACAGGUCGAUGGUACCGCUCUCCAUGGCAAAGCCUCGUCGAAUCUUUCCUCGCAACAUCGUUGUACCGAUGCUGGUUCAUCCUCCUUUGCCUAGCCGGGUGGUCCAUUGUAAUCUCGUGCAUCAACGGGCUCACAACGCAUCAACUCGUAUUUCAGCCUACUCUUUUAACUGUUAAGAAACAGCCAUGUAGAAGCGACUCAAAGCUACAUGCCUGUGUCAUUGGUAAACGAGCUUCUAAUCAUACUUCCAGGCUCGGUACUGUCCUUGGUUUCGUCAUCUCCUAUCGCACGACCGCCAGCUUCGAGCGUUACAACGAAGGCCGGCGCUACUGGGCCCAAAUCAUUCUCGCGAGCCGUACCUUCGCCCGCACGCCUCAUAUCCUUCGUACUCGAGACUCUGCUCCAGACAACAGUCAAGAGAAAAGGACUGUAAUCAGCCUAAUCGACACGUUUGGCAUUUGCGCGAAACAUUACCUGCGCCGGGAUGUGAAAUUCAAACCGGGCGACCUCCACGCCCUCAUGAAUAAUCUCACAUCACAAGGGCUCCAUUCGGGUCCACCUUCCAAGGAUGGAGAUGGAGAUAGUGAGCAUAAGCCCUCAACAUCACCGACAAUUCAACCUCAGUCGCUAGAGGGCGGAAGCGUUGGCACACGUCGCACGCUCACCUCUCUUACCAACGUCGAAGACUUUGAUUCUGGUAGGCCAUCGCGGUCUAAAACACACCAUACGAGCUCUAGCGACAAAGCAGAAGGCGCUCAUGUGAAAGCUGUUCCUCCAAAAUCGUCCACUCUCCCAGCGGAGAGGGCUUCUUACCAUUCGCGUUUCUUUUCGUCUCGCUUUUUCUUGAACCUAUUCCCAGUUCAGCGCCACCCAGAACACAUUGAUGCAUACAAUAUACCAUUGGAGAUCUCAUUGCACCUCAGCUCAUACGUAUCUGCAUUACAAGCCCGUAAAUCUGUGGAUGCGCCUACAAUCUCCAUCCUCUUAGCUACUCUCAAUCAACUAGUUGAUGCAUUGGCUGGGCUAGAAAGGAUCUUGACGACGCCGAUUCCGCAUUCGUACUAUGUUCAUCUCUGGACUGUUACGGUCGUAUACUGCCUGACAUUGCCAUUCCAGCUCUGGAACCCUCUGGGCUGGGUCACAAUCCCAGGGACGACGAUUGUGGUAUGUUCAUUUUUCUCUUUCAAGACGACAAACGCCGACCUGAGCGUUGGCGUUUCAAUUGACGAUCGAAUUUCGACAGAGCUUCAUAUUUUUUGGGUUCCUGGUCGCAGGCGAGGAAAUAGAAAGUGCAUAAGGACUUCAUCUUCUCUUCUUCCUGUGCUUUGGGCAUAUAAUUGGCAACUUACCACUGUUGACGCCUGGUCGGUUUGGCCACCUUUUACAGACCCGUUCGGUCACGACAAGAAUGAUCUCGACAUGGACGAAUUCGGUGACAUCAUACACGCCGAACUCUCCGCCUUGGUUGCAUCUCCGCAGUCUUUUCGUUUUGCUGUGGAACAGCCGUAUGAGGCUCCGCCUGUACCAGAUGACGGAAAGAAACAGGCGGACGCACGAAAUGAAGAGGAGCCAAAAGCUACUGAUCCUAAGUCGUAG